UAAAGCAUAGUUAAUCUCUGUGAUGACAGAAAUGCUUGCUGCAGCUAGGUUUCUGACUUCGGCCUCCUAAAUCUCAGCCUCGAUUCUGCUACAUUCUUUGCUUCGCUAUCAAUGCCACGUAAUAUUUUAAACCACUUAACUUAGCUAAAACAGAUAUGCUUGAUGAAAAUUGAUUGGAUUAACUGACACGUUUUGCAGUCGAAGCACUUAUUUGGAAGUAUGAAGUGAUAAAGUUAGUCGCCAUUAAGCCUUCUGUGAUUCAUGAUAAUUAGACAUUACUAAAAUUCGACGAAAAUAAAUUAAAAAUCAUGAGUCAAUCCACUGUUGAAAAAAUAUCAUCUGUAUGGCAGUUCUUCAAGGAUCUAGACGAAGGUUUUGGAAAAUAUUUUGACACCGGAGAUCCGGAGGUUAGAACAUGGUUUCUAGUCAGACAAAAUACACUGCCUUUCCUAUUAUGUGGUUUGUAUGUUAUUUUUGUGAAAUUGAUCGGACCAGCGAUCAUGAGGAAUCGAAAGCCAUUGGAACUACGAACGCCCAUGAUUAUCUUCAAUUUAUUUCUAGUUGCUAGUUAUACAAUUUCCUUAACUCUGUUUUUUAUAAAUGUACCUACUUUGGGUUUCAAAACAUUUUGCCAUGGAACACGAGUCCGGAAGGGCGAAUUAGUUUAUUUGCUGGUUCGGUGUUGCUGGUUUGUUUACAUCUUGAAGUACAUAGAAUUCCUCGAUACUGUAUUCUUCAUAUUGAGGAAAAAAGAAAAUUUGAUAACAAACUUGCAUGUUAUUCAUCAUACUAUUGUACCAAUCGUAGGCUGGAUCAUGAUACGAACGGAAAGAAGUGGUUUUCAGUCAAUACCUGUGAUUCUUAAUGGAAUUGUGCACAUUAUAAUGUACACUUACUAUGGACUGGCUGCGAUGGGUCCACACAUGAGGAAAUAUUUAUGGUGGAAAAAGUAUUUAACUAUUUUACAGAUGGUACAAUUUGUUUUAGUUGUCCUCUUCGUCAUGGUCAUUGCCCCUAUGAGUGGCUGCGUCAUCAUGAAAUCGAGCCUAUGGAUAGAUGCCAUUUGCGCAAUUACGUUCCUGGUUCUAUUCUACAACUUUUAUGCUCAUACUUUCACCAAGAAAGAAAAAUCAAAAGAAAAUUAACGAAUAUGUUCUAGAAAAAUAAUUAUCAUUAAAGAUCCCAUUCACAAUUUCCUUUCUUUAUUGCAAUACUUGUUUAUCUUUACUUUAAGGCUAUGAACGCAAAGAAAGUACAGUUGAGUUUGUAAUUAACAAAAUCUCAUCAUUUCACAUAGCGCAUUUCGUUAUAAAGAAAAUGUACUACUAACUACUAAUAUACUAUUUCUUCGUUAUAAAGAAAAUGCACUUCUAACUGAAUUACUAAUGCA